AUGUCUGUUGCUAAUGGUGUAGCGGUCGGUAUUGACCUGGGCACCACCUUCUCCUGCGUGGGGGUGUUCCAGCACGGCAAAGUUGAGAUCAUCCCUAACGACCAGGGCAACCGGACCACCCCGAGCUACGUGGCGUUCAAUGACACGGAGAGACUCAUCGGAGACGCAGCCAAGAACCAGGUGGCCAUGAACCCCACCAACACCGUGUUCGAUGCCAAGCGCCUGAUUGGUCGAAGGUUUGACGAUGCGGUGGUGCAGGCGGACAUGGAGCUCUGGCCAUUCACGGUGACGAGCGACGCGGGGAUGCCCAAAAUCCAGGUGGAGUACAAGGGGGAGAAGAAGUCCUUCUACCCUGAGGAGGUGUCUUCCAUGGUCCUGGUGAAGAUGAAGGAGAUCGCCGAAGCCUACCUGGGCCAGAAGGUGUCGAACGUCGUCAUCACGGUUCCAGCUUACUUCAACGACUCCCAGCGUCAGGCCACCAAGGACGCAGGAUUGAUUGCCGGCCUCAACGUCCUGAGGAUCAUCAGCGAGCCCACGGCGGCCGCCAUUGCCUACGGUCUCGACAAAGACAAGAGCAGGGAGCGCAACGUCCUGAUCUUUGACCUGGGUGGGGGCACCUUCGACGUCUCCAUCCUGACCAUCAAAGACGGCAUCUUUGAGGUGAAGUCCACGGCCGGAGACACUCAUCUGGGUGGAGAGGACUUUGACAACCGCUUGGUCAAACACUUUGUGGAGGAGUUCAAGCGGAAGUCCAAGAAGGACAUCAGCCAGAACAAGAAGGCUUUGGGGAGGCUGCGCCCGUUUUGUGAGCAAGCCAAGAGAACCCUGUCGUCCUGCUCCCAGACCAGCAUCGCCAUCGAUUCUCUGCACGAGGGCACCGACUUCUACACCUCCAUCACCAGGGCACGCUUCGAGGAUUUGUGUUCAGACCUCUUCAGGGGAACCCUGGAACCCGUGGAGAAAGCCCUGAUGGACGCCGAGAUGGACAAGAGCCAGGUCCACGACAUCGUUCUGGUGGGAGGCUCCACGCGAAUCCCCAAGAUACAGAAACUACUGCAGAAUUUAUUCAACGGCAGGGAGCUCCACAAGAGCAUCAACCCAGACGAGGCUGUGGCUCACGGCGCCGCCGUGCAGGCCGCCAUCCUCAGCGGCAACAUGUCGGCGAAAGUCAAGGACCUGGUGCUCGUGGACGUGGCGCCCCUUUCCCUGGGCAUCGAGACGAUCGGAGGAGUCAUGACACCCCUGAUCAAACGGAACACCACCAUCCCCACCAAACAGACUCAGAACUUCACCACCAACAUCGACAACCAGCCGGGGGUCCUGAUCCAGGUCUUUGAAGGAGAGAGAGUCAUUACCAAGGACAACAACCUGCUGGGCAAGUUCGAGCUGUCGGGAAUCUCGCCCGCUCCGAGAAUGGUACCUCAGAUCGAGGUCACCUUCGACAUCGACGCAGAUGGCAUUCUGAACGUGGCUGCUGUGGACAAGAGCACGGGCAAACAGAACAAGAUCACCAUUACCAAUGAUAAGGGCCGCCUGAGUAAGGAAGACAUCGAGAGGAUGGUGAAGGAAGCAGACCAAUACAAGGUAGAAGACGAGCAACAGAGGAAGAAUAUAGCGGCCAAGAACGCCCUGGAGUCCUACGCCUUCAACAUGAAGAGCAGCCUGCGGGAGGACAACCUGAAGGACAGAGUGAGUGAGGAGGACAGGAAGAAGGUGGAGGAGAAGUGUGAGCAGGCCAUCCUCUGGAUGGAGAACAACCAGCGAGCGGAGAAAGAGGAGUACCAACACCAGCUAAUGGAGUUGGAGAAGCUUACUUUGUGUAGCCCCAUCAUCUCCAGGCUGUACCAGGGGGGAGUGCCAGCAGGCAGCUGUGGAGAGCAGGCCAGAGCUGGCUCCCAGGGGCCCACCAUCGAGGAGGUGGACUAAAGCAGACUGUUGGACUGAAUGGAAUAUGAUCAAUAUGACUGUUAUGGAU